GAUUUAAAAAAAAAAAAAAUCAAUUAUACGAGAUCGGAUCAAUUUGAACUUCUCGGAGAUGGAUCAAAGUGUCUUCCUUAAUUCCAACCCCAUAUAUAAUCACAUGUAGGCUCCAACUGUCUUCCCUAAUUCCAACCCCAUAUAUAAUCACAUGUAAGCUGUAACCUGCAGCCUGUAGCCAAUAGCUUAGGCAUCAUGUAAAGAUAAAUUGCUGAGUUUGAUUAAUAAUUUGGUGAUUAAAUGAACUGUUCCAACUUGCCUUGCCCUCACUGAGGUUUUGGUAUGAAAGAUAUUUUGUUCUGUCUGAUACCAGACCAAAACUACUUGGAACAUUUAAAACAGCAGACUUUAAUAACAUAGUAACUGAUUGAGCACUCAUUCAGGAUCAUGCAAAGGUAAUCUAGAGAGUUGUAAUCCUGACAGCAGCCCCCUUCUAGUUCCAUAUCAUUAAUCAUUUUGCUUUUAGUUGAAGUAUAUCUGCAGCCGAAGUAUCAUUGAUCAUAAUAUUAAAGUAUUUGAUCAUUCCAUGAACUGGCCAGCUUCUAACUGGGGACGAAACAGAUGCACAGAUCCUACUGCAUGCCUGCCGGGUGCUCCAAGCUUUUUGGAAAAGUUCUUGAAAGAUAUAGUAAUUCGGGACAAGAAACUGGUUAAUUUUUUGAACAGUAUUGCAAACCACAGGUAAAGAAUCAAUGAGCGACAGCUUGUGCAGGAUUCUUGGAAUGCACUACAAUCAUGAACUAAAAUGAAAACAAAGAAAAUUUUCAAGCUAAAGCUUCCCUAUUUGGAAAAACCCUAAUCUUCACACUAAGCAAGAUUUAUAAUCCAUUAAGCACGACUCUGACUGCUAAUUGGACAUCUGUUAUUGCUUUUGUAAAACACAAUAUUUCAGGUACUUAUCCCAUAGAUUUUCAAGAGAAAAAUGAAAAUAUUUACAAAUUAAAACUAAUUCAUUAUAUUUUAGGCAUAUCCUUUAGCAACAAGGCAAGAUUGUCGGAUUAGAUUUUUUAGUGAUAGAACUUUGAUUGAGAUCAUGUAUCAUCUCAAAUGUGAAAAUAUAUUUUUCAUGUUUUAAGACUUGAUUAGUUAUAGGUACUAGGCCUAUGAAAGCAAUACAAAUUAAGUAAUAGAAAUUAAACAACAUUUCUCUGGCGCACCCUCCGUAGAUCUUCUUCCAUCUCAAGUUGCUCGAUGGUGCAAAGCAAAACAGGUUUAACAGUAAUUGUUAUUGCAGAUAGGAGCAAAGCAAAACAAAGCAAAGCUGCCCCACAUCCUGAAAAUGGAACUAUAGUUGGCUGUCCACGAUUUGUAAGAAAAGUUGUGGCGACCAGAGACCCUGAAAUCUUAGAAAGCCAAUCUCCAUCACAAAUCGCCUAUUGUUCAUCGUCUUCAGCUUCUUCUUUGCGGGCUCAUUUUCCUUGUCAGCGGCAAAUGAAGGCUUUUUCCAAGCCUAAUGGUGGAAGGAAAGGUAUGGUUCAGAGGAGUGGAGGAGUUAAAUGUGAAGUUGCUCAAUCCGACGCGGCUUUGGAAGGUGAAAGAAUCGAUUCUUCUAAGGCUUCUGCACUCUCCGCACUUCAACAGCUCAAGACUUCCGCUGCUGACAGAUAUACAAAGGAAAGGAGCAGCAUUGUGGUUAUAGGGCUUAGUGUUCACACUGCACCUGUGGAGAUGCGUGAGAAACUUGCCAUUCCAGAAGCAGAAUGGCCACGAGCCAUUGGGGAGUUAUGUGGCUUGAAUCAUAUAGAAGAGGCUGCCGUCCUUAGCACCUGCAACAGGAUGGAAAUAUAUGUUGUUGCUCUCUCUCAGCAUCGUGGAGUCAAAGAAGUAACUGAAUGGAUGUCAAAGACUAGUGGAAUCCCAGUUUCAGAGAUUUGUGAGCACCGGUUUUUGUUGUACAACAAGGAUGCUACAAAGCACCUCUUUGAAGUAUCUGCUGGUCUUGACUCUCUUGUUCUUGGAGAAGGUCAAAUUCUUGCACAAGUUAAACAGGUUGUCAAAGUUGGGCAAGGUGUUGUUGGCUUUGGAAGGAACAUUAGUGGGCUGUUCAAGCAUGCAAUUACUGUUGGGAAGCGAGUUAGGACAGAGACUAACAUUGCAGCUGGAGCCGUUUCUGUUAGCUCUGCUGCUGUUGAACUGGCUUUGAUGAAGCUUCCUGAGUCCUCACAUGCUACUGCUAGAAUGUUGGUUAUUGGUGCAGGAAAGAUGGGAAAGCUUGUGAUCAAGCACUUGGUAGCAAAAGGUUGCACCAAGAUGGUGGUUGUUAACAGAAGUGAGGAGAAAGUUGCUGCAAUCCGUGAGGAGAUGAAAGGUGUUGAGAUUAUUUACAGACACCUUACAGACAUACUGGCUUGUGCAGCUGAAGCUGAUGUGGUCUUCACCAGUACAGCAUCAGAAACCCCAUUGUUUUUGAAAGAGCAUGUCAAGGAUCUCCCCCCUGCCAGUUCUGAAGUUGGUGGUUUGAGGCUCUUCAUUGAUAUCUCUGUUCCACGGAAUGUGGGAUCAUGUGUCACAGAUGUUGAUGGUGCACAAGUUUACAAUGUUGAUGACCUGAAGGAGGUUGUAGCUGCUAAUAAAGAGGACCGACUACGAAGAGCAAUGGAAGCUCAUGCCAUUAUUACUGAUGAAUCAAAACAGUUUGAAGCAUGGAGGGAUUCACUGGAAACAGUUCCUACCAUCAAGAAGUUGCGAGCCUAUGCAGAGAGAAUUAGAGUUGCAGAGUUAGAGAAAUGCUUAUCAAAGAUGGGAGAAGAUAUCUCAAAGAAAACAAGGAGGGCUGUGGACGAUCUCAGCCGUGGUAUUGUGAAUAAACUUCUCCAUGGUCCAAUGCAGCACCUGAGAUGUGAUGGUAGUGACAUUCGAACUCUGAAUGAGACCCUUGAGAACAUGCAUGCACUUAACAGAAUGUUUGACCUUGAGUCAGAUAUAUCUCUUUUUGAACAGAAAAUUCGAGCCAAGGUAGAACAAAGUCAAAAGUGAGCACCAAUAUGGAAUCUCUUACAUUACAAUAAAUUACACUUCCUCAAAAUGGAAUUAGAGAACUUCCUCACAUAGUCAUGAGUGUUGGUCUGCUGUAAUCAGGUAACUAAUCAAUUUGAGGUCCUUGUGGCGCAUCUUUCAAUUCAUUAAUUGGUGUAAGACACCAUAGCUUGACUCUCAUUUGGCUUCGCAUUCCUACAGCACGUUUGUUAGUGGUCUUUCGGCUUUGUAGCAUGCAGUAUGAGGCGAGCUUGAUUCGUGUAUCAAUUCAUCUGUAGAAUUUAUAUUAUCUAUGGGAACAAUAUUAAUCAUUGUAAUUCAUAUACUAAUUUUAAUAUAGAGCUGGAAUUUUCUGUAGAUGUAAAUAUUGGCAUUUUUUACUUAUUUUUCUUAAGUGAAAACCGGCAAUAUCAGGUUUGUGUUGGAUAGUUGUCCGCUUUGGCUGUACUAGCUGUGUGAUUGACUGGAA